GUUCAUAUUAGCUACAUUUGAUUCAAGGAAAUGGGCAGCAUUCAGAAGACCAAGUUUAGCUUUCGCAAGUCUUUUUAUUCACAGAAUUGCUCAUAUAUUUAAACAAACCGAUGAGUCAUCCCCCUCUGCAUGAAUUGAUCGAGAUGGCGGAUAACGUUCCGUUUAGCUUUCACAGGCGCUUUUGUCCGGAGACUUGCUCAAGAACAAUGGAAAUCCCCACCAUUUCAUAUAUGAAUUCUGUGCCAAGGGAGUUCUUGCAAAAAUCUUUGCCAAAAAGUGUAUUACUUAGGAAUUCAGAUAUGGAAAUUUGGAGCGUGAGGAUAUCACAAACUGAAGUUGGUAUUUACUUCAACAAGGGUUGGGAAAAGUUCGUGGCCGACCACGGUUUAAAAAGUGGCCAUCAUUUGAUUUUUGAGUAUGACGGCAAAGGCGUUUUUGACUUUUUGUUAUUUGACGAUAAGUCAAAUGUGAAGAUCGAUGUUACGAAAAGGAUGGGAAAAAAUGACAGUGGAAAGGCACUUAAAACUCUUCCGGUGAUCAAGAAAGAAACCGACACAGAGGUUGGUGGUGAUCAUCAUGGUGGUAAAGGGAAAGACAAAGAGAAGGAGGCAGUAGCAUUGGAUACCAACGUUCCACAUUCGAAGAGGAGACGACCUAAGAGAGAUGGUUGUGCUGGGAAGAAAAAGUCCAAGGUGGAAAUUAGGGAUGUCCCCGACCAUUAUGGACUUGAUAUUUUCAAGUAUGGGCAUUAUGAUCAACCAAUAAACACUUAUUUUGUGACAAGAAUCCAUCAAACAAAGCGCAAUGACUUGUACAUACCGAUGGAUGUGCUCGAGGAUAUCAUAUUGCCUCCAUCUAUGCUCUUGCGUGACCCGAGCGGAAAAGAAUGGAAAACUAACACAAAGGCGUGGGGUGAUGGUCGAACAUGGCUGACCGGGGGUUGGUUUGAUCUGUGCCAAGAGAAUCGCGUGAAAAUAAAUGAUAGGUUAAUCUGUGAGUUUUUGCCGCAGGAGGAGGGAAAGGACGUCACGGUCUUGCAUGUCACCGCCAUCAUCCGAGAGUCUGCUUAACGGUUGAUGCUUUAUGUGUGAAGUUCUCUAUGCCCAGAUGACAAUUAGCUCUAUGUGUUUGAUGGUUCAAUUCCCU